AUGCGGCUUUUAAAACCACACUGGGUGUCGCAUGGAUCUGUCUCUAAAAAGGAUGUUCUGCUUCGACCAAUUUACACAUUGGAUAUUCAUCCAGACGGAAAACGUCUUGCUACGGGUGGCCUCACUGAUGGGGGAGGUCUUAUAAUUCUCUGGGACAUGUCCAUUAUUAGGGACCCAAACAGAGAGUCUCACUCACUCUCGAAAAUGCUUUAUCAAAUGAAUAACCACCAAGACAUUAUUGACAUCGCAUGGGCACAAGACGGAUCUCGUCUGGCCUCGGCCAGUGUUGACAACACAGUGGUGAUUUGGGGCCAUUCUCCCAACAACGAGAAGCAGCAGCCCUUCCAGUUUGUUGCCGUUUUACGGGGUCACCGAGGUCCCGUUAAGGGUGUGGCGUGGGAUCCUGCGGGUCGCUAUUUAGCCACCCAAGCUGACGACAUUGGUGUGCGCGUUUGGCGGACUGCUGAUUGGCAGCCUGAGAGCAAGGUUUCCACUCCUUUUACCAAUGCUGCAGAUCAGGCCGAGGUGACACGGCUCUCAUGGAGUCCCGAUGGCUCGGUCAUCGCCGCUCCACACGCCGUCAACAACAACUUUCCCACGGCUCAGCUCAUCACCCGCAACCGAUGGCAAGCUGGACUUGAUCUAGUUGGUCAUGAAAAACACGUCACCUGUGCACGAUACAAUCCCAAUCUUCUUAAGAAAGCUGGUGGCAAUGAAUCCCCGGGGAUGGUUUGUCUCGCUCUUGGGGGUAAGGACCGGUGUAUCUCUGUGUGGACCACAUUGACUAAUCGCGCACUUGUUGUCAUACGCGACCUCUUCACUAGCUCUAUCACCGAUCUAACCUGGAGUUCGAGCGGUUGUGAACUGCUAGCUUCUUCAUUGGAUGGCUCUAUAUCCUACAUGUCCUUCACUAAAGAGGAGUUGGGAGAACCCAUAAAACUGGAAGAUGUUGCUCGGCUUCACCGGAAGCUCUUUGGUCAGAGUCUCAUCGAUGGCCUGCUCAACGCCUUGAGACCCUCACCGGCGCCCCCCUGCAAUGGGGUGGAUUCUAACGCCGGCCAGAAGGCGGGUGGCAAUGUAGUGCUGGAGACACCUGAGGCACUGACACUACAGCGGUCACAGUCGGACUUGCGACAGAGGCUGGUGCCCUCUUCUACCUGCUCCUCCUCCUCCUCCUCCUCCUCCACCCCCAACAGCAAGGUUGCUGCCAAACUACCCAGGAUCUCCGUUCAAACUGAAGUUCGAACUAAAGAUGGGCGUAGACGCAUUACCCCAAGUUUUCUGGGCUCUUUAGAUUGCUUGGACGAGGAGCCACCGUCAGCCUUCCCUAUGAUGGUCGAGGAGCCUUCAAAGCCGGCGGAAUCACCACCAGCACUCAAGUCUGCCUUAGUGCCCAUUUCUCAGCCUGAGGUGCAAUUGGUUAAUAGCGCACCUCCUUUUUCAACCAAUAGUGAUACUCCUCCAGCCAAGAGCAGUGAGGAUGUGGUUAUCUUGUCAUCAGAUCCAGCUGACAGUCCUCCGGUAUUAUUAAAGUCGUCAGAAGAGCCAACAACUUCUGCGAAACGACGUAAACGUGUGGAGAUGACUACAAUAUCGCAUGACACCAAAGUGAUUGAGAAGAAGGAAAAAUCUCACAAGAAACGGAAGCGUCCAAGUAUAUUUUUUGAGGAGGAUGAAGAGGAAGCUAAUCUCAGCAUCACAGGAUCCGGUUCCUCUCGACCCAGUCCAGUUAAGUCGGCUGAGAAAUUGACGGAAAAACAGGAAGGUCGUGGAGCUGCUCCGUCGGGUGCUUCUAAGUCUACACCAUUGGCGGCUGUCUGUGCGACUGAUCAACUGGAUUUGUCGGGCAAUAGGGCGCAAUUUGUCUGUUGCCAUCCAGUUGAAGGCCCGAUUAUCGUCAAUAUUAUAAAUGGCGAGAAGGGAAAAGGUGCAGUUCAUCGGGUUUCUGCCUCCUGCUCCAGUGAUGGCAAUUCGCGAAACCUCUGGAGCCUCUCCUCCUCCCACCGUUUCACCUCACACGCCCAUGCUGACAACUGGCUUGCCAUUGGAGAUGCAAACUGUCGACUCCGGCUUCUCUGGAGCGUAGGGUCUUCGAUCUGUCCGCCCAUACUCCUCGAUUCGGCACUACAACUGCUUGCGACGACGGUUGUAAACGGCUCGACUGUGCGUUUGGCUGCUCUCACCGCUUCCGGCCGUCUUACCGUCUGGACACUGACUCCAAGGCUUCAGGACACUACUCGACACCACUUUGGUUGCGGUAUUGACCAAAACCUCCCGGAGACCUUUGUGGAAACUCAUCUCGACACCUCGCGCUGUCCGGCAGUCAGCCUCGACUUCUCUCCCGAUGGGGCUGGACAUCCGGUGGUACGCCUCAGGUCUGGCUCCUGCUUCCUCUUUCACGUGGGGCGUCUUCUUUGGAUAGAGUUAUUUGAUGCUGGUGAGGGUGAAGACGACUUCAAGCGACGCGCCGCGGCCACUAUUCACCGCACCUGCCCCUCCGGUCCCCUGACUGCAAUGCAGCAGUUCGGACGAUUGGAAGUGUCGGCGGCUGGUGAGCUGGUGGUCGCUACGACUGCUCAACGCCGAGAUCUGAGAGAGUUUCACGACGCUCAAGUCUGUCUCGAUUUCAUCGGUCCUUUCUCACCCACUGGUCAGACCUCCUGGGAACCGUUGAUUAAGGGUUUAUCAAAACGAGCUCUCGUGAGGGAACUCCUUACCUUCUUCGCACUCAAUCUACGGUUGCAGCGGCUCUACGUGGAGAUGAAGGAACUCCUUGACCAAACCCAAGGAACUGCUUAA